AUGGGUUUCAAAGAUGAAGUCGCGUAUGACCAGCAUAUGGAUAUGUUGCAUCUACCCCUCACUGCCAACCCUUCGCCCGCCCUGAGUGCUCGCUCUAUCAAUGAAACUGAUUUCUCGCAGAUUCAGUCGCUGCCAGUCUCUCCUCUCCCACGUCCGAUCCCUACAUCGCAACCCCAGACUGUCCACUCAUCACCGGAGACUCCUGCAUCUGACGUGCUGGUUCACUUCGCUUCCAACGGCAUUCCGCCCACAAACCAUGUGCCUCGCGCAGUCUCUGAACCAUCUCUACGUUCCAUUUCUUCUCUUGGUAAACCUAGUCCUGUGCAAACUGCUCAGCAGUUUCAGCCUUCGCCGGCUGUUUCUCAGAGGACCCUACGCGAACCUAACGGAGAUAGUGCACAAAUUAUCGUAUCUGGACGCUCGUCUAGUAUUACGAGUAUGUCUUUAUUCUCUGUACCAUCAGCUCCUGCGUCCGCAGAUGGAUCGUAUCGUCAAUCGCCGUCAGCUAUUUCCACCUCCGUGAUGACACCAAGAGCGUCUGUAUUUCCUGCCUCCUCGGAUCAGGUAGAAGUGGGCUCAUCCGUGGGCAAGGCAUCUGAAUACUUCGGAGUAGAGACGCGAAAUAGUCCGUCAACUGUCGCAUCGCGUUCUCCAGCGAUAUCUCCUCGUAGUAUUCUCGGAAUGAGCUUGGGUCCUACGACGUUCAGGCGGCCUGCCGUGCGGCAAUCCAUUACUGGAGAUUCUUCAAGUUACUCUUCGUCGGGUAUGAGUUCGGCAUCGUCCCGUCCGCCUCCAGAUCGUUCAGCAUCCGUUUCCUCCGUAUCUCCUGCGGGAAAUACAACGGACACGGAUUUGACUGUGCAUGACAUGCCAAAGCCCUCUGUCCCUAUUCCCAUCGUCUCCUCGACUCCGCCGAAGUCCCUUUCGUGGCAUUGUAGACUUUGUAUGAAAGACCCGCACUCAAUCAAGGAUUCACGGAGAGCUAUGUCGGAUGAGUACUUUGCACGACGCCAGCAGCUAAUCCAAGAGGAUAGAGCCCGGCGUGUAGACACGAACAAGCUUCAAAGGCUGACCAAUAUUGAGAAACGCGCAGAUAAUAUAGUGCGCUCCAUUCGAUCCGCUGAGGCGGUAUCAGUAUGGGGUACAGAGAGCACGACCAUCUUCGAUUAUACCCCGGAUGACACGACGCCGAAUGUGUUCCCCGGAAUGGCUUUCUUGACUGGUCGUGACAUUGUGAUGAAGACGAGAUUGUUCCAAAUACUGUCCAAGAUGCCAAAAGGUGCCCUUCUGCACGCUCAUCUGGACGCGACCGUCAAUGUGCGCGUUUUGAUCGAGCUCGCGUUGGGUCAGCCAGCAUUACAUGUCCGCUCGCCCGCCUCUUUGACCGCCAACAACAUCAGGGCCAUGAUUCCGGAGUUCAAGGCCCUCCCUGCUGAUCAGUUCUCGAAUCUGAUCUCUCUUACCGACCAAGCAUACCCAAGAGGUGGUUGGGUUCCCUUCUACAAGGCGAGGGAGACAUUUGACCCAGCCCUCGGUGGUCCUGCUGGAUUCGACGACUGGGUCGUCAGGGCACUGAUGAUUAACCCUUUGGAGGCGUACGGAACUCACAACACGACUACUAAGAUUUGGGCGAAAUUCACAAGUACAUUUCGCAUUGGCCACCCACUCGUGUACUUUAUGCCCAUAUGGCACGAGUAUAUCCGGCGCUUCAUUUGGUCCUCUAUUGAAGACGGCAUUUCCUACGUGGAGGCUCGUAUUAAUUUCCUUGCCAAGUAUAUGACCGGGCCAGACGGGGAGGAAAAUGUUCCCCAUAGGGAGUGGCUAAUCGCUUUUGAUGCGGUCGUCAACGAGGUAAAGGUAGAGCUCAGACGCCAGGGACGCGAAGACGAGUUCGUUGGAGCAAAGAUUAUCUACACGACCAUACGUUCUAUUACUUGCGAAGAGCUAAAUUGGUACUUAGAAGACUGUCUCGCCUUAAAGAAGGAGUUUCCGCAUCUCAUUGCAGGAUUUGACCUUGUUGGGCAUGAAGAUUCACUUAAACCUCUUAUCGAUUACAUUGAGCCACUAGCAAAGUUCGUUGAGCGUCAGAAAGAAGUUGGUGUGCAUGUUCCAUUUAUCUUCCACGCAGGAGAAACUCUAGGCGACGGGAGUGCUGCGGACAUGAAUUUAUACGAUGCUAUUCUACUUGGUACGAAGCGAAUCGGCCAUGGAUUCUCGCUGGUCAAGCAUCCGAGGUUAAUGGACAUCUGCAGAGAAAAAGGCAUCGCCAUUGAAGUGUGCCCUAUAUCAAAUGAGAUUCUGCGUUUGACCUCCUCCAUGCCCAUGCAUCCCCUCCCCGUGCUUGUGAAUCAUGGUGUUCAUGUAUCGCUAUGCUCAGACGAUCCCGCCGUAUUCGGUAACAUGGGAUUGUCGUUUGAUUUCUUCCAGGUACUUGUCGCGAGCGAAGUCACGGGGUUGAUAACUGCUGGCGAAUUUGCACGAGAUAGCAUCAAGCAUUCGAUGUUGGCAGAGGACGAGAAAGCGAAUGCCCUUGCUCUCUGGGAGAAACAAUGGCAGAAGUACUUGAGCUGGGUGGUGGAAGAAUUUGUAGACGUUCCGAAGAACUGA